AUGGCCUCCCCCGAAACUCGCCUCAACCAAAUAGUCAAAGGCGCCCCUACAACGGAUAUCCGACCACUGCCCUCUGCUCCCCUCCAUUCCCUUGGGAAACAGUCCGAACAACCCACCCUCGAUCCUCUCCUGGCUACCUUGCCUUCCUCCCCUCCGCAGAUCUACUUGAACCUCCUGAUUCUUGAAUCGUCCCUGCGCGCACAGUACCUGCACCUCGUCUCCCGCCGCCGGCUGAACACUUUCUUCCUGCUGUUGCUGGCUGUCUGGAACUGCUUGUUCUUCUACGCCCUCUUCCUGCGUCCUCGAGAAGAUGGCAUCGGCCUGGGUGGAUCUGUGUACUGGGUGGUCGAAACGUCAGAGAAACUUGCAUUGAUGGGCGGAGUUGUCACGGUUCUUCUCGUUUGGGGCACGGGUCAAUGGGAAAGAGGCAUCCGCUGGCCGAGAAAAUGGUUGGGAACGACAAACAGAGGUCUGAGGGGUUUCAACCUGCGCGUGGUGAGAAUCCGGGGAAAGUUUUGGCGGGAGAUGCUCGGCCACCUCUCCUUCUUACUCCCCUUUGGUCUCUGGCGCGAAGCGGGAGGCUCAGAUUGGCACCUUGUCGAGCACGAAAACGGGCUAGUGGUCGAAGAAGAUCUCGCAGAGGGAGGCGACGCUAUCAUGCUUCUCUUGCUCCCCAAGUCCUUCUCCCCCGAAUUCCGAGAGAACUGGGAAGAAUAUCGCACAGAGUAUUGGGAAAAGGAGAACGAACGGAGGGCAGCUCUCCGAAAGAAACUAAAUGUUCUCAGGAGAGCAAAGGCGAAGGAAGCGGGAGGCUGGAAAUGGUGGACGGGAGCUUGGCGACUCCAGUCGUCCAGACAUCAUGGCCAGAGACGGCAUCAUGACCUGGAGAAACAUCCUCACUUGCAACACACCCAGGGAACCGGCUCACACCGCGCAAGUCUGUCAGAAAGGGACGCCAUGGGUCAUGCUCGAGCAUUGAGUGGGACAGCUGGCAAGAGAAGGAGCGUCAACCUCGACUCGGACUCCACGCACAGCCGGAGCAGACAAUCGUCGCGCUCUUCCACCCCACAUCUCGAGUUUGAUGUGGCCACUGAACGGCCCCUCUCAGAGAGGAUGAGGCGAGGAAGCUCUGUUAGUAGCACAGCCAGCGUCCGAAGGAAACCGCCCAGGGACGGCGGCCGCAGAGACAGAGAUGGGAAUCGAGAACGCGGACUCGGUGAUAUCACGCCACUGGGGACGCCGCUGUUGAGCCCCUUGACAAGCGCCAGUGGGGAAGACGACCGGGAAGAAAGGAAGCGGAGAAGGAAGGAGAAGGAAGCCGCUCGCAAACAGAAGGAAGAGACCAGCACAAAAGAGGAAGACUCGCACCAGAAGAGGAAGAGCAGAAUCAAGCAGGAACCUGCCGCCGCGGUCAAACACGAGAUCAAGGCCGAGAACGGCGGCAAUGGGAACGGCCAAGGCUACGAAGCAGCGGGAGAAAGCAGUGUUCCCACCACGCCGAAGACCGAGGAAGGGUUUUCUCUCGACAUGGUGGCCGAGGCGAAUUCCAAGACCUAG